AUGACUAUCAACGAUUUGCGCAAGAAAACGUCAGAUGAAAAGCUGGCGAAGAAAGCAAAAAAUCUCAUCAAAGAGUGGAAAAAUUUAGUGGACAAACGCGAAGACAAGAAAGAAAAGGCACCUAAAAACGAGCCAUCGUCAUCGAGCUCAACUAAAAACAAUGGCACAGUUUCGAACCAACAAGCUUCGAGAGUUACCCCACCUGCGUCUCAAUCACCUGCUCCAGUCCCAAGCCAAUAUCAUUCGUCCAAUUUUCCUCCUAAGCAUUUGGAGAAUGACGAGGUUAGGUUGAAAUCAGCGCAGAUGAUUUUGAAUGCUCUCAGAUACGCAGAGCUUCCAGUCGGUACUCUCGAUCCUGAGGAGAUCGCUGUCAAAGUGGAGGAGAAGUUGUUCACCGUAAGUGUACUUGUUGAAACAUGA